GUGGAAUAAUAGCUCGAGGGAUGAUAGAGACAACGUCUGAUCACAACGUUGAUACACUUAUUAGCUUGUCAUCUCCACAAAUGGGCCAGUAUGGAGAUACAUCUUUUCUAAAGCCUUUCAUCCCAGAUGUUGUUGUGAAAACGGCAUACAAGGUUUUCUAUACUUAUUGGUUUCAACACCUGCUUUCCAUUGCAAAUUACUGGAAUGAUCCAUACCAUGAAGAGUUAAACCUAAAAAAAAAUAUCUUUCUUCCUUACAUCAACAAUAACCAAUGCUUAUCAGAAUUGUCACAUUCUUAUUUUACAGCUUAUGAAACUCAGAAGAAAAACUUUUUAAAGUUGAAAAACUUAAUUCUGAUUGGUGGGCCAGAUGAUGGAGUCAUCACACCCUGGGAAUCAAGUCAAUUUGGAUAUUAUGGCUCCAAUAAUUCAUACAUAAAGUCUAUGAAAGAACAAGAGGUUUAUGUCCAAGACAGCUUUGGUCUUCGUACUUUAGAUCGUAAUAGAGGGGUUCAUACUUAUACGUUUAGUGGGAUUAAACACAAAAAUUGGCACCGUUCUAAGGAAGUGUUUGACAAAGCUAUUGAGCCAUGGCUGACAUAGUUUCCAUGGUGACUAAAAACUUACAUUUCUUUAACAAAAUUUAUAAUCUAGACAAGAUUUUUUAAAUUAACAUUUGAUUUAAUUUGAAGAAUAAGAUUCUUCAUCAAAACUAUAUCAACAUAUCAAAUGUAUUUUCUCAAGCAUUUACCAGUAUAGACAUAAUACUCAAGGGAAUGACUCAUGAUAUGAAAUGAGAAACCACUGCGCCUAAACUAAAGAGGUCUAUUUGCACAUAUUUAUUUAAUUUUCCAGUUGAAAACAAAACAGUUUAUUUUGAUAUACUAAAAAAAAAAUUAUAUACGAAAAAUGACAAAUCUUUUAACUUUUGAGAAAUUGUUUUAUUUUGUAUGAAGAUGAAAACUUUGAAUACUCUACUGUACAUUGUUAUAAUUCUUAAACUUGUUAUAAGAAUUUUUUAAAUUAAACUAAGAACUUAGAUAUAGACAUUACCUUGGUAUGAUUAAAAAUGGCACAAAGACAUGAUACAGGCAAAAUUAGUCUUAAGUCUAAUUAACUUCAUCACAUUUUAUACAGUCAUAAAAAGUGGCAAAAUUAAAUUUGACAGAUAUUGUA